AUGGGCUCCACCGCCGAGGCGGGCGCGGGAGGAGGAGAGCCGCCCCGCGGCCUCUUCCGCGGCCCCGCGCGCGUGCGGCCCAGGGGCCCGCGCCCGAAGAUCGCCGGGAGAACGGCCGGCUCCGGGGGGCGCGCGUGCUCUCCGAGCGCGCGCGGCCGCCAGCGGCGGCGGAGGAAGCCCGGGCACCCGCAGCGUGCCGAAGCAGGUUGGAGCAGCAUGACGCUCGCAGCAAAGAGCGCGGGAGGCCUGGCCCUCCAUGCCCGCAGCAGUCGCACUGGCCACCGAGCGUGCUGUGGCCUCCUGGGCGCCGUGCCCGCAGCUGGACGCGGGAUCCGCAUGCCCACGUGGCGGAGGCGCCCUUGCAGCGAGCAGCGCGUGCCAUCUGGCAGCGAGCCAAAGCACUUUUGGAAGGUUUCAUGA